AUGUCUACUAUAUCUUCCAAGCAGGUGAAGAAACCGAAGACACAGGUUCGUGCCAGAGUGCCCUCCUCGGGAGUGCCACCACCUGUCAAUCAACAAGCUUCAGCUCGCGUCCCACAAGCCAUCUCUUUCAAACCCACAGAUGUGGCCAUUUCGCAAUCCUUGGAGAGAUUGUUCCCAGAUCAGGUGGAACUUUUCAGAAAGCUGCAGAACAAGGAAAAGCAGCUUGAUCUGAUUAUCAACAGGAAACUGCUGGAUUUGCAAGACCACCAAAACGACAUCAAUAACAAGCUCAAUGAGGACUCAAGAAAGAACGAAAUUCUAAGAAUCUUCAUCUACAAUAUAUCUGAAAAUCAACCAUGGCAGCAGGCUGUUGGCCAGCCUUCCUUGCAACCACCAAGCUGGACCUUGAGAGUGGAAGGUCGGUUGUUGAGCGAUCAAGCUCUUGACGUGCCUAAUAGAAAGAAGUUUAGCUCGUUUCUUUCCAGUGUUUCCAUUCAGCUCUUCAAAGAUGGAAAGAAAAACACGGAAACAGUCAUUGUUCCAAACCAGCCCAACCCGGACAUCGUUGAAUGGCACGAUGACCAGCAACGUCCGAAGAGCGAAGCUGAAAGGGAGCAGACCCAAUUUGAUGGGUUGGAUGUUAAGAGGCCAGGCUCUUCGAUCCCAGCAUCUGCUCUUCACGGAAUUGAGCCCACUGCGGAAGAAAAAGAGAUCACUUGUGAGAUUUUGAUACAGCCCAAGUCGUUUCCGGUGAAGCUUGCAGUGAAGAACGAGAGUCUGAUCGAGCUUUUGGGUUGCAGUGAAAUCACGCAGCACGAUUGUGUGAUCAAACUUUUCAACUACAUCAAGGUUAACAAUUUGUUUGAAGUUGCGGAGUACCCUCAGCAAGAUGGCCAUUCCAUUCAACAAGCCCCUGAGAACAUCGUGAUCAAAAGCGAUGAUUUCCUCUUCAGAAUUUUUGAGCUCAACAGCUUCACUGUGUCGAGGAUGAUGGAUGCCAUUUCCACGAAGCUUCUAAAACCUGUCGACCCAAUUAGGAUCAACUACACCAUCAACACAUUGACCAACUCCACGCUGGGAGAUGUCGUUAUCGAUCUCAAGGUCAACCCUGAUCUCAUCAACGGACCAUCGACCUCUUCCAAUAAUGAUGUUUCCAAGCUUAUAUCAGAGCUGCUUGAUAAUCAGUCCUCAGCGGCCGAUAUCGCCAAGCUUAACGAUGGCUUGACUUUGAACCUCCAACUCCUCAACUUCAACAAGUUGAAAUACGAUUUCUACAAGGGUAUCAUCGAAAACCCUGUUGAAUUCCUCGAGAAGCUGCACAAGAAGAAUUCCGAAUACUUGAACAUACUCGCUUCCGAUUCGGUCGGCUUUGGCCAAACAGAUCUUGUGGAUGAGGAGAUUGUUAGAAGAAGUGAUUACUAUACGGAUGAACUGAUCAGUGAGCACAUCGGGAUGUUAUUGGGCAGUGGGCGUAUGUGA